UAAUAGAACUUCGAAUAGAACUUCGAACGGUACGGUAUCGUACUUCUUACGAACCAGCCCUAUUGCCAGGGCGGGGGCCAUUACCCCUGCCCUUUGGAUGGAUGACUCAGUCAUAUCGUAAUGCACAUACGAGUAAGAGUACGUACUCGUAUGCAUAACGGAAAAGCAAACAAAUUCGGAAGAACGGUUGUCCCUACCCUACGAAGACGAAAGCCGUCAUCGCAACGACAAACACCGAGCACAAACGGAGACACACACAAACACAGCAACAACACGUAGUCCACAACACCAACACAAUACCAAGCAGCACCAUGUCUCUUCUUGCCGGUACCACAGGCUCCAUUAGCGCUUCGUCUUCCCCCAUGAUCGCCGCACAUGCCCACAGCAACCUGAACCGCAAAUGGACGCUGAAGCGCCGCCCCACGGGCGUUUUCGACCCGGCCCUGGACGCCGAGUUUGUCGAACAGACCCAAUCUCCCGAGCUGAAGGACACCGAAGUCCUCGUGGAACCCCAGGUCCUCUCGGUGGAUGCCUUUCUGAGGACCAUGAUGGAAGAGGGAGCCUACCACGGAAACCUCCCGAUCGGGGCCACCAUUCCCGCCCUCGGGUACGGGACCGUGGUGGAGGCGGGCCCGAAGGCCUCCCACAAGGUCGGAACGAGGGUGGCUGGCAUGCUCGCCGCCUCGGACCGCGUCGUCGUCGAUUCCAGGGCCGUCGUGCGGUCGGUCAACUUCCCCUUUCUGCCACCCACCGCGGCGCUCGGGCUGCUGGGCCUCACCUGCGGGCUGACGGCCUACUGCGGAGUCUUCUACGUGGCCAGCCGGCCGCCCCGGAAGGGAGAGACCGUCGUGGUAACGGGGGCGGCCGGGGCGGUGGGGAGCAUCGCCACGCAGCUGGCCAGGUCGACGGGGGCCAGGGUCGUCGGGGUGGCAGGUGGGCCCAGAAAGGGGGCCUACCUCAAGGACACCCUCGGCUGCGAUGCCGUCAUCGACUACAAGUCCCGGAAGGAAUCCCUCCACGACCAGAUCGCGAGGGCCUGCCCKGAAGGGAUCGAUUUCGUCUAUGACAACGUGGGGGGGGAAAUCCUGAACGCCCUGCUCUACCGGAUCAACCCCCGCGGCCGCGUCGUCGUCUGCGGAGCCAUCUCCCAGUACAGCGGAAAGCUCCACAACGGGACCAAGAACGAGGGCUGCUGUGGGGCCGACGGCCCCUCUAACUACCUCAAGCUGGCCGAGCGCGGCGCCGAGAUGGUGGGCUUCAACGUGAUGCAGCACAUUCGCAAGCUGCCCUUUAUGCUGGUGGGCAUGUUCUGGCUGUGGGCCAGGGGCAAGGUCGUGAUGCACGAACACAUCGAGGAGGGAUUGGAACACUUUCCGCAUGCACUCCAGAAGCUCUUCACCGGAGAGAACAUCGGAAAGACGCUGGUGAGAGUCGGGCCCGACGACAAGGCCGCGAGCCGGUGAGAACAGGCCUUCCGAUGAGCCGAACCGCACCGUGGAGGAGGCAGUCAGCGGAUUGGAUCGAAAGGACACACGGCGGUCCGUGCUGGGUGGUGCGUGGUGCACGUACCACGCGAGAGCGAUUCCGAGAUGACAGCCAAGAGAGGAACCAGUUCAAAGUUGCCUUGACCGAUCGAGCGGAGCGCUACGCAAAAGUGCUGUGUCAAAAGCCCAAAAACAACAGGACCGAACAAACAGACCCAAGACGAGAGCGGAAGGCUUGCCCGCAGGAGUUGCCUAGAAAAAGCAGCAAAGAUAUUGAUUGUGCCUAUAGAAAGAAUCUAACGAUGUGUAACAAGACGAUUAAAAUCUACCAUUCUGGGAUUGGGCACACUUUUGGUUCCGAUUCCCUAGGUCCCGAGACAUGCUUUGAGAGCAGAAACGAACAGCAGCCGGCACCACCUGCAAGAAAUACAUCCAUCCAUCCAUCGAAGUCACCGUCACACACGCGUUGGUUGUUUCCGGCCCGGGAAAUCGCCGGCGGCCGAUUGGAUUGGAUGCAUCCCAAAAGGGUCCCACCCGCCGCUGCUUCUCAAUCCAUGAAAUCACGUCACAGCCGGUCGGGCACCUCGAUCCGGCCCGGCGUGUUGCGACCUUCCAGAACGCUCGAGAACGGCAACCGCGAUGCACGCAACGACCAAACCGUGUCCAGGACUUCGUAGAAAAAAUCUCUCCACGAGUCCCUUCUAGAGAUGCUCGUCUGCGCAAAAAUUGCUCGCGGGCUGUUGUUCCCUACCAUCUAUUGCCAUAGUUCUACAUGAAUUGGCAGUAGUGAUUGUUAUCCUUACCAUUGGAGCGCCACUCCUUUUGCUUACACCUCUUGCAUUGCAUUGCUAUCCCUGCUGUAGUUGCUGAUGUUGCUGACACUACUCGCACUCGUACCAGAGAUGUAUCUAUCGUUAGUGUGAGCCUAACACACCUACUGAAACACUUAAAUCACGAGUGAGUAGGGAGUAACUCACCACCUCAACGCACUCGUUAUUGUAAACACGUAGUAAUAACACACUAAAGAACAUACUUACAUUUCGCAUUGUAAACACGUAGUAAUAACACACUAAAGAGCAUACUUACAUUUCGCAGUUAGAACUUGAACUUGCUUCCGGAUUGGAAUCCAGCAUGAUUUCUGGGUUUGUCCAUCCACCUUUGCUUUACAGGCGAAGUUUCGGAGAGAAGUUUUUAUAUUGCCCAUCUGCUACGUCAUGACAUGCUUAUUGAAUUACAUUUGUCCGGCAAUCAAGACUUAAGUAAGUUUUUGGUAACGAUAUUUUCUUACCGAGAAUCUGAACAUUUUUUGGUUCGCUUUCGAAUCUCAAAAAUCUCGGGGAGCCUAAUUAAUUUUGUCGAGGAAAACCAUGUGACAUAUGCGUCCCACUCAUUCAAUAAUUAAUAAAAAUAUUUUCCUACAGAGCACAGACUUGCGAACCGUAGAACACGCGAGAAAUCGUGAAUUGUCGACAAGAAUCGGAGCAUACGCACAGCAUAAUUACCAACACGAGUCCGUAUGAACUUGAAAACUUAAAAUAUUGUACGAGUACGGGAAGUGCGUUGCUCUGUACACAGACAAGAAAGCCGCGAAAGUGAACUCCACCAAGAAAAAUUCCGCGGGGGCCAGAAAACUUGUCUGAGGACGAACGAUCAUAAAUCAAUUCAGGCAAAGUUUGCAACUCUCUCCGUGAACAAGAAGAAAACAAUCAAAAUCAACAAUGCUCUAUCGCAAUAUCCUCAUCGCUCUCAUCAUCGCGACGGUGUCUGCUCUUGACUCAAGAUGCCCUAUCGAUUUCACACCCGAGAAAUACACCUGUAACGACGUUUUCGGUAGUAAAUGGGGAGACUGCAUUCCGGUGACUGGUGGACAACCUUGCAAUGAAGGCAUGUUUAGUGCUUGGGCUUGUCGGUAAGUUGUGUUGUUGUCAACGAUUUGAUUCUAGACGAUGCUUUUGUUCCUAUUCGGUUUGAGGCCUCAUAUAACGCGGCUUUCCCCCUAUUUUUUUGCCUCUGCGAUUUCUACAAUUUCAAUCGCUCUUGGUACAGAUGUGGUGCAGGAAAAGAUGCGCCAUUCCUCUGCGAUUGUUAUGAAGGAGCUGGUGCGGUCAUGUUGAAAGACAACGGAAACAGCACAGAUGAUGACAUCGACGUUGGUGCUGAUUCCGUGGACGGAGAUGACGCAAGUGGUGCCUCUAUGACUGCAACUGUGACCGUCAUGGGAACCUUUGCCGUCGCUACUGCCACCAUUCUUGGUUUGUAAUCACGGUCAGGUCGCCCGCAAUAAAGCAAGCAAAGUGUAUCACGUAGUAUGUUGAAACAAGAAUAAACGAAACAAAAUAAAAAUCCCGUAUUCGUAUUGCAUUUUUGACUUUCGAAGAUUUCGUUCUUACGAUUCACGCUGGAGAGAUGAGACCCGUUAGCUAGUAGAAGUACCGUAGAAUUCCUUAUGUCAAGCGCAAUAACGUUAAGUUCUUGGAAAUUCCCGUACAAUCACAAAUAGAAAUUUUUAGCUCAU